AUAUUUGGUCUGUGCAGCGACAAAGUGGUGGCUUAAUGGUCGUCGAUAUAAAAGCACUGUCGCUUUCUGCAGCGGCUAGUUCUUUGGGUCCUAUAGAGAGUAAAAGAAUAAUAAAAAUGAAGAUUUUCGUUGUUUUCGCUUGUGUGGUAUUGUCGGUGCUUGCUGCUGAUAAGUAUAAUUCAAAAUAUGAUAACUUCGACGUGGAAACAUUGAUAACCAACGACAGGCUACUUAAAUCGUACGUCAACUGCUUUUUAGACAAAGGGAAAUGCACAGCUGAAGGAAGUGACUUUAAAAAAACUUUACCAGAGGCAGUCUCAACAGUUUGCGGUAAAUGUACCGAGAAGCAAAAGUUAAAUGUAAAAAAAGUUAUUAAGGCUAUCCAACAGAAGUUCCCUACCCAAUGGGAAGAACUUGUGAAGAAAAAUGAUCCUACCGGCAAACACCGUGCCGAUUUCGACAAAUUCAUCCAAGGCAGCUAAACAGCGAAGCAUUAGCUUAGCCAAAUUAAUAUAGUACUUAAGUUAGAUAGCAAGUGUCAAUAUUAAAGUAUUGAAAUUAAAACUAAAUUAAUGAGUUUAAUGAUAGAGAGGCCAAACUUAGAACGACUAUGUUUUGUACUGAGAUUGAUAUUGGUUGUUUAUAUAUUAAAGAAAUAUUUAUAAAGUGAAUGUCGUA